AUGUCGUGGAAGAGGAACUACUUUGCAUCAGGCGUAGUGGGAAGCGGAGCUGGUGGAGGCAGUGGCGGUGUUGGGGGUGUUGGGAUGUUGACGCCUCGCACCAUGACGUCCAUCGCUCCCAGUAAAGGGCUGAGCAACGAGCCGGGACAGAACAGCUGCUUCCUGAACAGUGCCCUGCAGGUAACACACAGACCUGUGUACAAAACACACACUGUCACAUUACACAUGUAAGUACACCACCUGUCUCUCUGACCUUUGACCUCUGUAGUAAGUGUUGAGCUGUUAACAUGACCUGACCUUUGGCAGUCAGUGUACCUGAUGCAGAAGGAACCUGCUGAGACCCUUCACAGACUUAGAAAUGAUGGUGAGCUUGUUGAAAUAACGUGUACAGACAAAGAUGACGUGUGCCGCUAUUACACAGAUUAUUUUCAGGUGUCAGUGUGGUUCAAGGUCCCAACAGCCCCACGAAUAGUCUUGGGGAAAAAAAAGGACACUGAUUCUUGCAUGAAAUUGCUUCAGUCAUUUCCUUUUUUGUCUGUUUUUAAAAUUGUUUUUAAAGCUCCUGUGAGUUAUUUUCUGUUGGCUUUAAAAUGGACUGAAAUUAUUACCAGUGCAUCUAUAUGAUCUCCAAAAGCAAACAGGAUUUAAAAAUUGAGAUCAUUUUUUUCUACUCAGCUGUUUAUUUAAUGUCUGUAACCACUGCCAACUGGUAAGUUAGAAAAGGGAAAUGCUGUCAUGGCCAAAGUGAAGAUUCACAAUAAGUUGUAUGUUUUUAUGCAGGAUUACAAUUAUCAUCAGAAAAUACAACUUGUGUAUCUACUAGACAAGAUCAACAAGUUGCCAGGGUGAACUGUUUUGUCCACAGGUCCUUAAAAAUUGAUGCUAAAAGUUCUUUGCUUGAGCUUUAAUCUCUGGGUUUGAAGUGGAGACCUUUGAGGAAAUUUUGGCUGGAAGAGAAAAAUCUCUUGAGUGAUAGACAUUGAAGGAUCAUAUUGAGGCUGUUGGUGAAAUUGAUCAUAGAAUGACCCCCCCUGCUGCUGGGUCUGUCGCCCCAGUUGAUGACUAUUGCUUCAUUGCUAUUAAGCUCCUCUACUUGAGUGUUAUCAAGAACAGAUGACAUCUUGUAGUGUUGAAGAGUUUGGCAGUAUUGUAUCUCGAGAAUGGGGAUACAGUUGUAUGUAGGUUGUGUCUGCUUCAAGUGGCAUAAAGGCAAACAAAAGGCUGGUGAUGCUAGCUUUGCCAAACUGCCUUUAUUGUCUUGUAUGUUUAUAAUAUUUAUCAGUUUUGAUCAAUUUAAUGAGUUAUAUUUCCCUUUAGACUAGCAAGUUAGUUGGAUUUUUACUUUUUUAUUUAUUUUUUUACCUUUUCCUGAUAAUUCAAAUAGAAGAUUAGGGUUAGUAGUAGUAAAUAUUGAAUUUUUCUUUGCGGAUCAAUGAAGUUCUUAUCUUAAAUAAAGAGAGGAGCUUUUCAAAAAGCAGCAGUAGUACCUACCAGUGUCACAUAAAAAAAUUGUUGGUAACACAGUUCUUUGAAAGAAUGUGACAUUUAUUUCUGAGCGAGGUUACCCAACUCAUUUUCUGAUGACUCAGUAUCUUAAAUCACAGCAGCUGCAGUGUUAGCAGAUGCUUUUCUUUCAACGUGUGCCAACAUGAAAUGUAAAUUAAAUAUGAGUUUAGAUUCCCAGCUCAGCCAGUGAAAGUACAGAGUCACUCUCUGAGCAGCAGAGUAAAGGUAGUGAAGGGAUCCUCGAGGAGUUUCUCCACAGCUGACUUCAAUCAACAUCGGGUGGAUUAGAAUUUGCGCAAACGCACUAAAAUAAGACAGGGAACGCUGUAGUAAACACUGAACCUUCUGAACCUCCUGUUAGCAUGCUGACAUUAGCACUCAGCUCUAAGCAAAGCGGAGCUAAAGUUCAGCUUCACAGAGCAUGACUGCAGACUCUUGACAUAAACAAUGUCUGUACUAAUUGUCCCCCAAAAAACACACCCUUUGUGUAAGAAAGCAUUAAUGUGGAUAAUAACAUUGACUUUCUUUUCAAUGCCAUCACGGUCAGCAUGCUUGUUCUGCAGACUGAAGCCCCGAGCCUCACAAAUCUCUUUGAACUGCAGUUCCACCACAGUGCCUUUGAACCAGACAGUCAUUCAGUCCUUCUCUGUCUGGUGAACCGCAGUCAGACAGACGACUCCACCAUCCAUCUCACACUCACACAAAAGUACCAGUCUGAUCAACUCCUCUGUAUCCGUUGUGAGCCUGUAAUGAGCGUGUGCAGCUCCAGGAGCUGAUCGGCCCGCAGCACCUCCCAGACUGCACAUCACACUCAUUCAUGACUCAUCGUCUUCUGAGGGAGGAGGUGGGGAGGUGUGUAUUGUCUUCUUCUGCCAGCCGCAACAAAAGGAGCUGAGAUAGCUUGUGUGUGUGUGUGUGUAUUAGUGUGUAUAUAAGUGUGUGUUUGUGUGUGUGUGUGUGGGAGCAGUAAUUACCGGUGUUGGUAGAAAAUUUGAAAUGGAGGCUGACUCAUUAACCCUGUGGGGUGGAGCUGCUGAAAUGACAGACUGAGGCAGAGGAGGAAACAAUCAUUACAGCGUUUAACUGAAGCUUAUCGAGUCUUACACUGAACUCAGCAACAAUAUUACUCACAGACAGAGGUCAGAGGUCACAGCAUACACUCAUCUUUAUAGUCAGAUUGAAGUUAAAGAACAGCAAAGUAUGCCAUGUCAGUAAAACUGCUUUUUCAGACACCUGCACUGCACUCCUGAACUUGUUAGGAUUUAACUGCUUGUGAAAUAGGAAAUAUUUUUCAGUCAAACAAAAUUCAAAUAGACUUGACUUUGCCCAGUUCGAGUAAAAAGUCCAUCCUCUUUUUAGCGUAGACAUGCUCAUGUCGUGUACUACAUGGCUGAAGGGGCACAUGUAGAACAUAAUGUGGUCAUGCUAGUUAAUGUCUGGCUCAGAGCCUGGCGUGUGAACACUGAUACAUGUCUAAAACACUUGAGCGAGUUUCAGUUAAAUUGAGCCCUACACAUCAAUCAAUCCCCAAACCCAUUAUCCAGGUAUGUAAGUCUGACUAUGAGAAGUUCAAUUCAGUGCGAUUUAAGUCAGACUAAUGUGUUUCCAUGGUUUUAAGUCCAUUUUUAAUCAGACUAAUGCAAUUAGUCAUUUUUUAAGAGCAUGUAGAUGUCAUUACUGAUUUGCAUUGCUAAGUCUCAGGCUGCAUGAUUUUUAAAAUGUCAUUCUCUAAGUGUGAAGGUCAUCUACCUUUUUAUUCAAACCUCAAGGUUUGUACGGUAAAUUAAUUUUUGGGGGUGAGCAAGAUGGAUGAAAAACUGGAAAUGGGGUAUUAAAAGUUCACCUUAAAUUGUGAAUUUUAUGAUCAACUAUAUUUAAACCCUGUAAGAACAUCAAACAGGAUUCAAAUGGUGAUCAUUUCUGUCUUCUGUACCAGUUCUGUGGCCCUUAGUUUAUCACAAGCCUAGACUGUAUAUAGAAUGGAUGCAGUCUGCUGGGUGAAGCCAUGAUGGGAACAGCACCCCCUGGUGGCAGGCUGCAGUAUAGAUCAUAAAUCCCGCCUCCUCCAGCAAUCCCUAUGGAGUUGUGAACAAACUUUAGAAAUUAAUUACACAGAAUAUAAAUUUUUCUCCCCCCUGCUUGCGAUGUUGACAUGUAGUUAUUGUAAGACUGGUUUGUGCUCAAGUCCUCUGUUUUCUGUACAGCUCAAUUUUUAAAAGUUAUUAGGGGGUUCAUGUUUUCUAUGAUUGACACUUGAUACAGCCUAUGAGCGUACAAAGAUUGCGUUGCUCACCCGGGGGAUACGCUGUUUGAGCAGAGCGUCAUUAAAGUGACUCUUCCGCUGACUGAGUGUAAUGCUACUGUGCAAGCGGUGGUUCCAGGAAAUGGAGAAAAUCCUUGAAAUACUGAGAGCAAUUCAGCUUCAAAUUCGUAUAAUGACGGAAGGUGGAAAAAGGUUUCCCAUACAGUCUAUGACCAUAAGUCACUGAACUGCAUCUUUAGAUAAACACGUCAUUCCCAGCACAGAGGCCCACUUGUGCUUUGUGUGUCUGUGUGACAUCAUGAAUAAAGUCAAUAACUCGGCAACAGCAGAAAACAUUGUCCCAACAGUACACUCGUGAUGGCACAAGACAACAGCUCGACUACACAAACUUCUCUAUUGACAGUUUUAGGCAAGAAAAGAAAUCAAAGUGACUUCAAGGUUAAAAAAAAUAUCUAUCCCAUCACUGUAUUGUUGUUUUACACAGAUAAGUAUCUCAAGUUAAUUAAAGAUUUAAACAAAUGUUCACCUUUUUUGAUAAAAGUAAGUCUUUCCAGCUGUGUAUAUAUUGUUACGUAAGACUGUUGGUUGAAUUGCUUUCUCAUCAACCAAAACACUCCUGAUUGGCUCUUUGGUCCACAAAAUGUUCGAUUGAGUGAUAAAUAUUUUCAUGCGAGCUCAGGAACAAAACAUCUCAUUCAUUUACAUUGUGUGACUGUAAUCUUACUGUCUCUCUGUGAGAGCUAACUAUUAGCCCCAGGUAUCAGUCUGCUGCCCCGCAGGAUCUGAAACCCUCCUGAGCCCAGUGUACCGUGAACUCACUCCCUUCCUCAUGACUCCUCUGCACUGGCCAACUGUAAAACUUCACCAGUCAGACUUCAUCCAGCUCCUCCAUCCGCCAUUUUACCCCUCCGUCCAUCCGUCUUCACUCGUCACUGUUGGCUAACAUCAAGCCAAAGUGAUCAAAAGGAUUGUGAGCCCGCGGCCAGCUGAGCAGAGCUGAGCUGAAAGGAGGUGGCGUGGCGUGUUGGAGGAGUCGUCAGGAGGCUCAGCAGCUUCGACAUGUGAUGGAGACAAAGCGAAGAGGAAGAACAUCGUAGUAACAAGCAGCUGAGGCCUUUAGCUGUUCACAUACCUUCAUCCUCCUCAUCCUCCCUGCUGUUCAUUACUCAAGCUGUCGAAGAAAAACAUUCACAACUCAAAACUUCCGACUCACGACUUCAGACUCACUUUGUUAAACAUAUUGACCAAUACUGUAACAAAUGACAUUAAUGAAGGUACACAAGAUUCUGGAUGUUAUUGAUGGUUCUCUGAGGCAGUGUAAUUCUCCCAUCAUCCAGUGUUUACUUUCACUUUGAUCCGAAAACAAUUCACAUACCUGCACAGCAGCCCGUGAACUCAGUGUCGCGUCUAUCUGAUUGGCUUUCCCUGCUAGAACCUGAUCCAUCACAGUGGUGUUUAGCAUCGUAUUUUCUUAUUUGGGCCAGGGUUUAAAUUUGCUGCUGGAUGUUGCAGGUGUGUGUGAGGACACUUUGUAUUGAGAGCAAUAUUAUUUGAUCACACCUUCUUUAAACAUUCAAAAAAUGAACUGAGAUCCAGGGUGCAGCCACCCCUGCUCCCAGCUGGUGACCCCACAGCAAACACUCCCUCCCUGCUUACAGCUGUUACAUCUGACGCCACACCCCAGAGCCUUUUUCAAACAUGCACAGGUUUCUGGAAAGUUCCCUAGAUUAUUCAGAUGACAUGCUCAUGUGGAUGCAAACCUUUAAACCUAACUUUUUUCUGCCAUUUAGGUGGUAAAAAGUUGAAUUGGUGCUCAAGAGCCUUUUGCUAUGUUCCAGUUACCUCGGAAGUUGGAUGUCGGAGCUGGGAAUGACGUUACACCCGAGUUGACGGCGUUCCAGUUAACAAGUCUGAAAAACCAGAUGGAUGACGACAAUUAGCCGUUGUUAGCUAUUGUUAGCGGUGGUCAGCUGUUGUUUGUCGUUGUCAGUUGCCGUUAGCCAUUGUUAGUUGUUGUUAGCUAUAUCAGUUGUAAACAAUGCACAACACAGUAUUUUACUUUUACAAACACCAUAACACCGUGUUCACAGUAAUUACACAAAAACAAAACAGAAAUGCGAAUAAAUGAUACAUCACGGGAGCUUUUACUGUUAUGCUCUUUUGAUGCACUGCGCUGCCAUCUUGGAUUAUGAUGUUGUGGUCAAGUCGGGGUUGGUGAGGAUUGUCCGACUUUCUGAGUCAGAAAUCGGACUCUAGGGGUGCGUUCCAGAUGAAUUUCCGACUCGGAGCUCGGAAAACUGAACAACUGAAAGGCAGCAAUAGACUCCUUUCCCAGGACCUAUAUUCCGUAAAACUGUCAAGUAGUUCUUUAAGUUCAUGUGUUAAAGGUGUUCAGUUGUGUUUGAACCAUUUAAAGAAUAUUAAAAGCUCCCAUUGUGACCGAUUGCACGAAAGGUAAUAAAGCCUGCAUCUUCAGUUCUAAAUGCAGGAUAUGGUUCAAAUAAUAAGAUAACAUACAGGUCAGAUAAGUAUUUCUAUCAUGAAAGUGUUUUGCAAGCUGAUUUGUUAACUUUCAAUGUGAUUAGAUGCUCAAAGUGGGGAUGGAUAUUGCAUUAAAAUUGACAGCUCUGUUAGCUAGUGUAGGUUCUUGCUGCAUUUUUUUUUUGUCAAAGUAGCAAAGUAGAGGAAGAAUGAAGAGAAUUAAAUGAACACUAAACAUAAGAGUCACUGAACUUUCCAAAAACUGUAAUUGUCUGCUUCACUCUGAAAAUCUGCUCUGUGUGGACUGUGCCAACCUGGGGGGGACUUUGGCGUUUUAUUGGUGUCUGAUUUAUGUGUCAUGUUUCUCAAGCAGUUUGCAAUUACUUGCUCUAGCCAGAUAUCUGCUCUGUUUGUCAGUAAACAGGCUUCAAAGUGGGAGGAGAGUAAACUGUUCAGAUUUUGUGUAUGCCAUGUAGUCAAUUGUGCUCCCACACUUCACUCUUUCAGGUAAAAUCCUGUCCAUUUCAGGAGUGUGGAGCUAUGAAAAAUAGGCUUUAGGUUGCUUCACAUAUGGGGUGCUGAUAUAUGGAGUUCUUAAUUUGUCCUGUAAACAUGUUAUCACAGCAGCAAUCCUGCUUGAGUCUGAUGGUUUGUUACCUGACUGCCCUGCUGAAGGCUGCAGCUUCUUCCUGCAGGAACAAAGCAACAUAUUGGUCCUAGUGGGGGGGGGGCAGGAAGGGAAAAUAAACACACCCUAAGUGCUGACACUACAUUAUGUUUCACUGAGGAUGCAUGCCCAAAGAUAUAUCAUUUUUCCACCUCAGAGCUCUCACCUCAGCACACCGUCUGUUUGGUACUUAACUGUGUUAACGUAUUCAGUAUCAGAAGUAUUUUGGAUGUACUUUUCUUCUGUAAUCUUACCUCUGUCUUGUGUUUUGAAACCGCACUCUCAAAGGCUUUUACCCCCAUGUGAGGCUGAUUUUUAUUUAAAGUGAAGCUAUUACUUCAGAUGGGGUAUUGGAUGACUUCUCUCUCUGGCAUGCUCGGCGAAGGACAGUGUUUGUAUCCCUUUAUGUGUGGCAGAACGAUCCAAAACACAAAAAGAGUCUGGCUAUUGAUUCAAAUCCUCACAUUGCAGAUACUUUUAUUAUCAUGGUGUUUGUGUGCUACUCAAAACUCUGUUGAUAGAUUCAGUAAUUAAUGAAUUCAUCAAGCCUUGUAGCUCAUGAGUGUUGUACUUUUUUUUUAACCAGUACCAGGAAGUCCAGAUUGUGUCUUUUUUCCUCCUCUCUUUGAAUGUCCGAACGUUGGAUCCUUUUAAAAGGCAGUCUCAUCUCAGUGGGUAGCUUUGAACAUUACUAAAAGGAUUUAAACCAUCAGACUCUGACCUCCAGACUGGAUGUUUGUUCAAACCCCUCUCAUAAAUAAAAUGAUGAAAAAAUUCCUCUGUGUCUAGAUUCCAGCCGCUCAGCGGGAGAGAACAAGAGGAUUUAAGUUAACAGUAUCAAAUCCUUUUAACCUGAAGAUAAAGGUCUGAAUAUUGUGGUUUUGAGUGAUGAAGAUGAACAGAGUCACAGUCAUAUUAUAUAAUUAUCUCAUUAUUUGCAGCUUCAGCUCAGUGGUGCUGUGAUCUGCUGCUCCUCAGUUAGUGUUAGCGCUGAUGUUUCUGAUCCUGUUAUGAAACCUCUGGCUGCCUUCACACGCUGCCGUCACAGCAGCUUAAAAUCGUGUAUGUGAGUUCAGAGAGAUAGAGAGAGUGUGUGUGUGUUUGCAUGUGAGUGUGGAAAUUGUCCUUCAUGGCUUUGGACUGAUUCAUAAAGGCUGAACUACUUUGCUUUAGCUCAUAAGAAUCAGCUCUGAAACUUGUAUGGAAGCAGUUUGAACUUGAAAAUUUGCACAUUUCUGAUAACCUGGAUCCAGUUUGCUUGAUAAUUUGAUAUUUAUAUGAAGUGAAAUUCUCCUAGAUGUGUUAAAGGGAUAUUCCAGCGUAAAUUUAAGUUAUGGUCAAACACACCGUAACACCGGAUUAGACAACCCUUGAGAGUUGAAUGUUGCUGACUGCUUGCUUAUCUAGUUAUACCAACUUCAAUGACCACAUGAUAGCAAUACACAGCGGUCUACAUCUCCGUGCGCAAACCUCAACCGAAAGCCACUCUGUAGCCACAAAUAAUGCUCAGAACAGCAUCUAACUUCAUCAACAGUACAUUUAGGAUCCCAGCCAUAGUACUAGCCAUCAAACAUCUUUAAAGUUUUGCCUAAUUUCCUUAGUAAAGAGAUUAAACACAACUCACCUACUCUCCUCCAGCAGCAGCUUGUUCGUGGGGGAGCCCUGAGGAGUUGAUCACCGAGUGCAGCGGAGUUUCGCAGCUCAAGGAAGAACAUUUAUGAUUAUUACUUCAUGGAAAUGCAAUCAGACCGAAAUGCUUAGGCAGAAGAACGACCACGUCUUCAGUGCAAAAUGAUCAUUAUGAUGAUUAUUACUUCAAGGAAAUGAUCCGGAUGGUUGGUCUAGUUGGAGGUCAGAUAUCCAACAUUUAACCCUCACAGUUCUGGUACUUGGAUCAGUCGUUUGAUAUUUGCUGAACAGGCAGAGAUUGUUUAUUUUUCUUGGAUGGUUUCUAUUGACUCAGAUUUUGUUCACAGAAUAGUUCAUCUCAGUUCUUAUAAACCAAAAACACAAGAAAUGAAUGUGAGAGCUAAGGGAGCUCUAAGCAGACAUGCAUAGAUAUCUUUCCUGCUCUUUUGGAAUUUUCCCCUAUAGGACUAUUAAAGGAACAUCUUAUUUUAUCUCCUAUCUUAUAGCACAAAUCCUCAGAGUUUCAGAGUUGCAAAAGCUUAGGACAAACUUACAGUAUGUGGGUGAUUUUGUUCUUGUGGUGUCCCUGUCAAGCUAAUUAUCAGUGACCAGUCUACUGCUCUGUUUUUUUUAAUUAUGCCAUAACUCCAAGAAAACAAGCAUUGUUAUCUCAAAAUGAUGAAAUAAAUACAGAAAAUCCAUCAUGAACUGGCGUUGUUAUCCCGAGUAAAAGUAAAAUAAACCAGCAUUCAAGGAAAAUAGCUGAACUCACUAUCCUGGGUAAACCAUCAGGGUUAUCCUGGGAUAAUUGGAUAGAUAAGUCAGACUGCAAGAAAACAACUGUAAACUACAGUUGCACUUUGGUACUUUUCAGAGCAUAGGCCCUUACUGAGUGUUUUCACGAGGAAUAAAAUGCAUGGGUGCACGUCUGCUUACGGCAUCAGUAGUUGACGCCUUUUCAAUCUGGUCUCAUUUGUCAUCUCUCCGAGCAUAUAUACAGAGAAACCAGGAAUAGCAAACAUUAGGUCAUACUGUCCAAAAGGGAAAAUAUCAAAUGAGGUAACUAGCUAAGCAGUUUGGAUAAAAAUACUAGACCUCAUAUAGAGUAAGAAAAAUACUGUUAGAAAUAAAAGAAAAACAUGCGGUUCUUUGCGGAUAAGUGAUUAUCAGUCCUCUUAUUGUUCUGUUUUGCUUAAACCCAAACAAGCAGCACCAGAGACCUUUCUGUUCUGGACCGUCUUGUACUGGAUGCUGAUGUGUACCACAUAAUGAUAGACAGCUUUUACCUUAGCUGAAACAAACAGAGCGAGUCUGAGCCAGAGUCUGAACCCCGGUAGGUUCCUAAAAGUAUUCCUAAAAGAUUUUUAUCCUGACCUGAGGCUGAACAGUAAAAUAACAGAGGAUAACUGAUGUUGUAAAUGAUUAAAAGAGACUGAAUGUGAAGGAAGAAGACCUCUGUUUGACCUGCUCUGUUGGUUAAUAUCAUGGGUACUUGCAGAUCAGAAAGAUUUUUAAAAAAUCCUUCCAUUCAUCUACCUCAGUUGUAGUUUUAUAAGUCUGAAUUAACCUGUCUACCUAAUACAAACAACAUCUCCAAAUGAAGAUUACUUUUGUCAUUUUGGCCCUCAGGAGACCUCCACCUCUACGUAAACAGCGGGUAGUUGUGUUGGCGGAUUGUUUCAGUCAGCAGCAUCAGAUCUGCUGCAAACAUGUCUCUGCAGCAGCAGGGAGCGCAGAGUCAUGUGGGGGAAGUUAAAGGUCAUACACCAAGUCAUAGGUCACAUUUGUGUGCUUGUAAAAUUUGGUGUGAAUGUGAGAAAUCUUCGGAGCUGGAGAAAUAUUGUGUGCAUGUGUUAAGAAGAGGUCUAGUUCACACAGAGAUGGCUUGCACGUGUGUAAAAAGUUUUCGUAGCUGUAGAAAUAUUUUGUGCAUGAGUGGAAAAUAAAGUUUUAUAGCUGUACAUGUUUUAUGCAACUGUUAGUUUUUCACAAGUAGGUUUUUAUUGAUGUGUAAACUUUGUGUUGCUGUACAAAUGUUUUGUGUAUUUCUCUUUUAUGACAUUCAAAACACUUUUUAUGCUUUGAAUUAUUAAAACAUCAACAAAUACGCACGCUAACUACACACACACUUGUAAAAAGGCAAUGAGCUAAACUCUUUGUGACAUUUGCUCUCCAAACGCUGAACAUCAUGUUGUCUUUUCCCCUUUUUUGUCUUGUUUUACACACACAAGCAUGCACAAACUCACUCUUGCACACACUCACAGACACACACACACAAACUCACUCUCGCACACUCACACACAUCUCUGUACAUCAGUCUCACUUAGGCAUAGUCCAUCUCCCUCACACACUUUUGUUUUUCGUCACGCAGAAGAUCAAAUGAGCUCCUGAAGCAGAUGGAGACAUGAUGUGUGACACAGUGUGACGUACACACACACACACACGUGCACGCACACACACUUACACAAACACACUGUUUCAUUUCUAGUGUUUUUGACACAUUCAUAUCCCCAGGUCACUGAACUAAAAAGCUCUCUGAUUGGUUGACUGCGGUUUCAGAUCAUGGACGUAUUUGCUGACAGGUGAUUGGCUGUUAGCUGGCGUAUAAGCAGAACACUGAGUCUUUCUAGGUGUGUGAGUGGCGGCUGCAGCAGAGAGAUGCACAAAUUCUCAGGAUUUAUAGGGUUUUGGAUUUUUAAAAUUUAAGCUGAGUACAUCUAUUAACUCAUAGCCCUCUCACUUUCUGGCAGAGGUGAGCUUUUAAGCUUCCAGACUCCAUUUUCCAAGAGAAAGUUCAGGUAUCUUCUGGCUUUUGACUUAACUGCAGAGGCAUACAGAUAGAGGCUGGACUUAGAGGGUGCCAGAAAAUGUUGGUGGAUAUUUUAGAAUCGUAAAGGUUUCAUAUCCUGCUGUUGUCUGAUGAGGUCUAGGGGUCAUAUCUUGGCAGAAAAAAAAGAGACUGAGUGCUGACAGUGUUAAAAAACAGUGUUAAAGCUGUAAUCUUGUAAAAUCAUGGCGCACUAAGUACCGGUCUUGUCAUGUGUUAUUCUAUUGAACCCAGAAUGUUCAUUUGUAAUGCGCAACUUUUUUGUUAAUCAACUAAUGUUUUCUUUGUUCUCUGUCUCUUAGGUUCUGUGGCACCUCGACAUCUUCAGGCGUAGUUUCCGUCAGCUGACGACGCAUAAGUGCAUGGAGGACUCAUGCAUUUUCUGUGCUCUGAAGGUAAGUCAGUCUGACUGAUAUUAUGGAUCUACUAUUACUCUCUAUUAGCGCUGGGCGAUAAUACUAUAACGAUUUAUAUAAAAAAUUAAUUUCCCUCAAUAUCAAUAUAAAACAUGGUCAAUAUGCUUUUCGAUAAUCGGCAUUCUGCCAUGUUUUGGUAGACUGUACAAAUAGCCAAUGAACCAAUCAUGUGCUGAAUUAUAAGUAUCAAACAACUGCGUAGUAGCAGGCUGCAGCUACACACAACCAUAGCACUUGAGGUCGGACAUGAAGCAGAGUAAUGUGCACUGCAAAUUAUGUCUAGUACAUGUUCUCACUAAGUCAGGGAACACCUCAAAUCUUUUUCACCACCUGAAGCAGUGCCAUGCAGCAGACACGCACAAAUGCAAAAUGUUACAAACCCAGAGCGGAGCAAGAAGCCUAUGGCACCUGUGCAGCUGAAACAGCUGACCAUUCAUUCCGCUUUCUCUAGUGCAGCGCCUUACGACAAAACGUCAAAGAGACACAAAGACCUCACAGAUGCAGAAGCUUACUGUAUUGCAAAAGGCAUGCUUCCAAUAAGCACUGUUAAAUUUCAUUUUAUAUAUAUAUGGUGAUAUAUAUGGAUAUUGACUGAUAUGAAAAAAAAAAUAUCUUUUUCCCAAAUCGCCCAUCCCUUCUCUAUAUAAACAGAUACUUGUGGGGGAAGGACGAGAUCUUUAAGUUCCUGUUUCUAACCUAUCUGUCUUUAUUCUUUAGAGCAUCUUUGCUCAGUUUCAGUACAGCAGUGAGAGAGUGUUACCGUCGGAUGCUCUUCGCAGUGCACUGGCCAAAACCUUCCAGGAUGAGCAGAGGUUUCAGCUGGGCAUCAUGGACGAUGCUGCAGAGUGCUUUGUAAGACAACACGCACAUCCUGCAGUCCUAGACAAACACUCGAAAACCAUCAACACAAGAGUAUUUAAAGCACAAGUUUACAGUCGGUUCUCUGUGUUUGUGCAGGAAAACAUCCUGAUGAGGAUCCACUUCCACAUCGCAGAUGAGACCAAAGAAGACAUCUGCACAGCCAGACACUGCAUCCCCCACCAGAAGUUCGCCAUGACGCUGUUUGAACAGGUGAGAUUGAGAUCAAGUCUGAGUAUAAGAGGCGACAACCAGCUCAGCUCUCUGUAGAACCAAAAAAAAACCAAAAUAAAUUUGCAUUUACUGUUCAUUAGUUAGCUUUAAAACCACCCAAUUAGACUAAAGGACACUGAAAGAGCAUUAGCUGUAAUAAGUCCUCCUUUAUCUGCUGGACAUUUAGAGAUUAUGUCCUUAUGUAAACAGAGAAGCAAUCCGCUGGCAGGUUCUAUGUAAAAACAGUUUCACUAGUCUGUCUGAAGUGAGGCUUUGGCAGUCUGAGUCACACAGGAAAGGUGAGGGUCCUUGAAUUUUACUCUGCACCACCAAAUUUACUCUUUGUGUUUCUAAACACUGCAGCAAGGAAACACAAAGAAGGGUUUUAAACUAUGAUCUUUGCGUCAGGCUGCUGAAGCAUCGUAUCAACAUUUUGGCAGGUUCUGAAAUCGGUUCUCCAUCCUUCUCAGUUAAAGUGGAAAGUCUUUAAAAAGCUGUGAAGUGUCUCAAACAAGACAUCUGUUUUAAAAUACAUGCAAAUGAAUUGCAAAUGUGCCCUUUAAAAUUCUCUCGUGCAGCUCAGGGAGAUAGCUGUUUGCAUAAUCCUUUAAAAAAAAAACCUUGAAAUAUAGAUUAUAAUAGUUGGGGUAUUAGCUCUCUGCAGCUCCGGCUAAGACUUCAUGUGUCCUUUCAUCAUGCUGUGUGUUUUUUGUUUGUGUGACUGCAUAAGUCACGAUCAUUGUGAGGGUGUGAGGAGGCUGGGAGCAUCAGUAGUCUGGUCGGAGCUGAUAAGUUUUGAAUACUCCUCUUUGUCAACUUGAAAUGUUUUGUAUUUUUCCAAAAUAAAAAGAAGGUUCAUGAUUCCUUAAAAACAGAUACCUGAAGGAAGAAUAUGUUAAAAAGGAGCUAAAUUUCUGGCUUUUGGAUCUUAUUGGUUGUCUCACAAGUAUUGUUCAGUCGUGUAUUUGCAAAAGAGCCAAAAAGAGAGAAGUUCAGAGUCACACAGUGAUUUCAUAAACCAUCAGCUAUAAUCCAGCAGUGAUGUAGUCUUAUGUGACUUCAAAAUCAUCUCUUAUCUUUUCACAUUUGCUUGUCAGUCCAGCUAACAGUUUGUUUUUUCCUGACUAUAACUUGACUUUCAAAUUGUCGCUUUCUGGAGCUCAGUUGGUUUAGUUUCAAAGUACAGAAAUGUCCCCAGAAACCACCGGUCUCUAUGGAGACCAUAUUUCAAGUGUAAAACCGUCUUUCUCAGUCAAAGACCUGCUGUGCAAAUCCAGAGGAGGAAAAGUACAGAAGAGCCUGAUUUGAUGUUUAUUUUGUGUCUUUCAGUGUGUGUGCAGCAGCUGUGGAGCAUCCUCAGACCCCCUGCCUUUCAUUCAGAUGGUCCACUACAUCUCCACCACCUCCCUGUGGUAAGUGUGUGUGUGUAUGUGUGUGUGUGUGUGAGCUCUAUGUUUAGAUCUCAUCUCGGAGAGGUAAGUUGAGGCCACACCUCCCCUCCCAAUUCUGUCGCUAGGUUACCCCUGAGGGUCACCAAGGAAACCAAGAAAUGCUCUCUGCACUUGGCUGCUGAGAUGUUACUCAUGCAUGUGCGCACACACACACUGACACCUUAACUUUUGCUCUGAACCAUUUCAUUUUUGAAAUAUAUAAACAGUUUAAAAAGCCCUGGAAAUGUGUCCUUUUUUCUUUUUAUCGGACUAAUUUAACUGAUAGGAUUUGAUAAAAAUAGAGAUGACAGCUCGGGAAGGAAACACUCAUCAUUUUGAUGUUCCUCUCAUGUGCUUUUUCCCGCCCUUUGAGUUCACAUUCUAGUCACCGAAGCAUGACUCCCUGAAUGACUUAUAACAAUAGUACAUUCAAGGGUAUCUCUUAUUUGUACAAGACUUGAGUUAAUUAAAUGUUCAGCAAGUCGCCUUGAUCUAGAAAAUACACUUGGGGUGUCUGCGUCUUUUAGUGUGAUUUCUCUUUUUCUCUGAGUGGAUGUGUUAUUUCUUUGAGACAUUUAUAGAGCCAUAUUUUUAAUCCAGACACCACAUACAAGGUCUCUCUGUUUAUUUUCUUUCAGGGAAGUCCUACUAAUUAUUUUUCUUGCUGAGACCACAUCUUAUAAAUUUAGAUUCUUCUCAUUUUCAGUAGAGGUUAGGAAGCUACAGCCCUAAAAAAACAGCAUUUUGUUCCACAGACACAUUUACUGAUUGAAUUUUGUCAAUCUGAUCCAUCACUUCAUCCUGUAAGGUUUUGUUGCAUUUCCAUACGCGUUGUGUAAAUGUUUCUUUUAGGAGACCACUUUUUUGAAUGUAGGCCAGGAUUACAGUCAUCCAAUUCUGUAGUUUUACUUUCAUGAAGUAUCAGUGUCAAAACACCAUCCAGUUAUACUGGAGGAGUUUGAGGAAAAAAGUUGUUGCAUUUCGGUCACUUUUCUGACCUUUAAGCGUUGAUUCUGAGGUUGUAGUAGAGCCAAAUACGAAAUAUAAUAUACAAAAUAUGAAAUUAUAGUUGUCGUUCCACUGCUAAAGUUUCAUGGCUUAGACAGUGAACACUAUUCUUAGACAGAGUUAAGGAGUUGAUCCUUUGGCAUGGAAUUCUACUGAUAACUUUUAGACCUCAUGAAGACUUCCCCAGAGGUCUCAUAUUUUCCUUAGGCCAUUUCAGAGUAUAAAUUGAAGUCUUCAUGUUGUUUACCAGGGUCAUAUAAAACUUAUUUACGUAUUGGUUCACAUCCAGAAGUUGAGUUUGAUAUACACAUCCUGAUUUUAUUGCUUUGUAUAGGCUUCAGGUCGUGUUUUCCAAGAAACAGAAAAAAGUGGAAAAGUGGUCAAAAUUAACUCAAGCUAACAAAAGCUGAGGUCGUCUUUUGCAUAUAUUUGGCACUUUUACCUUUAGAGAGAAUAGGGCAGUAGAUUGUGUAAGACAUGCAGGGGAAUGACAUGCAGCUAAAGGUGGCAGGUUGGAAUCAAAUUCAAAAUGGCAGAAAUGACAUCCUUUUCUGCUUGUCUUUCAUAGUAACCAGGCAGUGAAGAUGUUGGAGUCAAGAGAGAAAGCAACUCCUAGCAUGUUUGGGGAGCUUCUACGAAACGCCAGCAUGGGCGACCUGCGCAGCUGUCCGGUGAGACCUUUUGAUUCAUAUAAAUUUUUACAAAUCACAGAGCAACAACAAUUGUUAGCUUAUCUCAAAUGUGCGGAUGUGCACCGUCUCAUACCAAAAUAAACUUUUUACUGUUCGCUCGUCCUCCUCUUCCUCAGAGUCAGUGUGGUCAGCAGCUCAGGAUGGCUCGUGUCCUCCUUAACAGCCCAGAGAUCAUCACCAUUGGUCUGGUUUGGGAUUCGGACCACUCAGACCUCGCUGAGGAUGUUAUUCACACUCUUGGAACCUGCCUGCGUCUGGGAGAUGUAAGACAUUCAAUAAAUCUAAUGAAAACAAAUCUACAAAGACAAACAGCAGAGGUUCUUAUUGUACUCUCAUUUAAAGCUUUGUGUAGAACUUAGAUUUGCAUUGAUUUUGUCGACCCCUGUGGACGAAGCAGUGCCUUUUUUCUCUUUUACUGAUCAUGUCCAAGUGUUUUUCUAAGGAAAAAUUCAUCCUGCUUCCUUUUGUCUCCUCCUACCCAGAGGUAGAGGUUAUAGAGGGAUUGGAAAUAACUAGAUAUUUUCGAAAAAUUGAUGCUGUUGACGCCCUGCUUUGUUAUUGUAAGGUUAUAUAUAUUUAUCUGUUGUUUUUUUUUCAGUCUGUUUUCUUAAGCGGUUAAAAACUCCUCAAAAAGAUCAAAAUUGAUCCCAAAUAAAGCUGUGAUAGAGUAAACCAUACAUCACACAAAUUACAUUUAAUUGAUUGUGGAAUCAUGAAGUAUUUUAAAAUAUGACUUAUUACCUACAUCUUUUGAGUCUUAAGGAUUUUAUUUAUAACAGUUUCUUUAUUACAAAAUGAAUGUUUAACUUCAUCACCAUGGUGAAUUUCAGAUAAAAGUUCACUUGUUUUUUAGUUUUUAUUGUCUGCUGACAUGAUCUGUCGUCUCAGGUUGAAUUGGCUGUGGAGAUAAAAUUCAUUUUAAAGAUAUCAGGGUUCCUACGCAUGUAUGGAAAGUAUGGAAAAAGUCUGGAAGUAGUUUGAUCAAUUUCCAGGUCUUAAAAAGCAUGAAAAAUUAAAAAUAAGGUAUGGAAAAAUAUUUAUUUCCAGACUAUUACCACAAAAUACUGUUUUCUAAAAUAGAAAAGUAGGUAAUUCCAAAAAUAAUUCUUAAAAGUAGGGUAUGGAAAAGUAUGGAAAUUCCAACUGUGUAGGAGCCCUGAGAUAUCUAAAAUCUAACAUCAUAACAAAAAAACAAAAACAAAAAAAAAACAGUAUAGGUACUGGUGGAGCUGUUCUGAAGUUAAAGGAAUAACACAAACCUGCAUGUGCCUUUUGGUAAACACAUGUGUCAUCAGCAUACAGUGAAAACCAAAGUUCAGCAUCUUUACUGAAAGUCCUCUGCUCUCUUUUUUCUGCAGUUAUUUUACAGGGUAACCGAGGAGAAGGCUCGUCAGUCGGAGCUCUACCUCGUGGGCAUGGUGUGUUAUUAUGGAAAACAUUACUCCACCUUCUUCUUCCAAACCAAGAUCCGGCGAUGGAUGUACUUUGAUGAUGCACACGUCAAGGAGGUAUAUUCAGUCAUUUAUUGUAAAUACGGGGGUUGUUUGAUAAAUGAAAGUUUUGUAAUUCCUCCUGAGGGUCACAGAUGUUGAGCAUAAACUACAUUGUCAUGGUUUGGCUUUGACCAGACAUUUUUCAGAUUUUUAUUUAACCACCAUUUAGCUAAGCGUUUCUGCACAUGAGAUGUUUUCUGUACCUGAGGGGGUAUUAUUGUCAAAUCAUUUCCUGAGACACUUGGCCCAGUUGCCUUUGAUGUUUGACAGUACGCUUGAACUUUCCUGUUGGGGUCCCUCUUUGGAUCAAGAAAUAUCUUGACGUCUUUGGUUUAGAGGUCAACUGUCCUAGUUGGUUCAGUUCUGCUAGAACCAAUCUGUCUGCAAGUGAGUUGGUGUUGUCACUGUGAAAUUGUCCAAGAAUCCUGGCUACAUGUGCUUAAAGGGAUAUUCCGGCGUAAAAUUAAGUUAGGGUCAAACACACUACAACACUGAGUUAGACACCCCCUCAAGAGAUGAAUGUUGUGGACCGCUUGCUUCUCUAGUUAUACCAACUUAAGUAACAACCACAUGAUAGCAAUACACAGCAGUCUAUGGAUUCACGCGCAGACCUCAACCAAAAAGCCACUCUAUAUCCACAAAAAAUGCUCAGAACAGCACCUAACUUCAUCAGCAGUACAUAUAGGGUCCCAGCCAUAGCACUAGCCACCAAACAUGUUUUUAGCUUUGCCUAAUUUCUUUAGCAAAGAGACCAAACACAACUCACAUGCUCUUUUCCAGUAUCCGCUUGUUUGUAGGGCGAGCCCUGACGAGUCUAUCACCAAGUGCAGCGGAGUUUCACAGAUCAAGGAAGAUCAUAAUGAUCAUUACUUUAUGGAAAUGCAAUCAGACCGAGACGCUAAGGCAGAAGAACUUCCACAUCUGCAGUUUAUUUUCAUCAUAUUAUUACUUCAAGGAAACGAUAAAGUAAUGGUCUUUGACCCUGUUUUGACCUUAACUUAAUUUUACGCCGGAAUAUCCCUUUAAACACAACAGUUAGCACCUGCUGUGCCUAAAUUCUUUCAGAAGUUGGGUUUUGAAGCUUGACUCUAAGAUAAGAUAAGAUCAUAUUAGAUAAGAUAAACUCACCUGAGAUAAAUUGAAGACCUCUGAGUUACUGGCUUGUUUGUAACCACAGUAAACUAGAGUUUUAUAUGGCUGUAAACAUUACAUAACUGCAUGCUUUCAUAACUACAGAGAGACGCUAUAAAUGCAGAGUGAGCACUUGCCAUCACAGCAAACCACAUUAAGUUUUAACUGAAUAUUUGUUGUUAUUUGUCCUGUGGGGUUAUUGGGUUGAAAUGCGUCAUAGUUAAUGAAAAAGUGGUGCUGUGUGGUAAGCAGCUGUUAUACCAUGAUGGGGUGUGACUGUGGCAUUUUUGGAUCCUUACCAAUACAAGCAUGAGAACUUUAUUGGUUUAACUUUCAAUCAUAUCGUCUCUCUGCUGUGAUGUGUGUGUAUAGAACUCACAGCUUUGAAAUGGCUGAAGCCAAAACUAAUAUGAGUCUGAAUUAAAACACAGCAGAUGCCAUAGGCUGCAGAACACUGCUCUUAAUACUAGAGGUGGGAUAUGGGUUAUUCGAGUGUGUGUCCCCUUAGAUAAACUGUGUGUAUGCAUGCCAGUUUAAGGACAGGAAGUGACCUAAUGUUGAAGUUAGUGGUCCUUCUCUUCCUGUCCAUCCUAACUUCUCUCCUACCCACCUUUCCUCCUGACCUCCUCUCUGCUCCCACUCUUCUCUUUGUUCCCCCCUUUCACCCACUCCUCUCCUCUUGUCUCCUGUUUUUAUUCUCGAGCUGAAAUUUGUCUCACUCUUCAUUCUUUGCUCUCUUUUCCAUUAUUGCUGCACUCUAAUAACAGUGCUGGAAUGAGAUAUCACAUUCCCUCUCUCUCUCUGUCCCUCUCUUUCUGCUGGUUGUAAAAACAAGGAUAUCCCUCCAUUGUUUAUCAGUACAGCUGGACAGAACCGAGGGUGUGGUCAUAGAACACACACACACACACACACACACACACACAUCCCACCGUAGCCGACACUUUUUGCCCACACUGCACACUUUCAUUCUGUAUCUUUCUUUCACUUGAACAAAAACACAUUUUUCCACGGUGGAUGGACAGGAGGAGUUUUGGAUUAUGGGAUGUCGCAUUAGAUCGAACUGAGCUGGAUGUGAACCUGGACUUUUGGAAAAUGGAGGAGAGGUUGAAAUAACAAGCAGGAGGAUUUCUGUCACACAAAAAGACAAACAGACAGAGAGCAGGAAGCCUGACGAAGCAGGGGUUGGAACGGCCUCGAACAUUUCAGCCGCCAUCGCUGUUUUACCUGCUGAGCUGUGUUUUUAAGGUGAACUUGACGUGUUUCCUGUGACUGGUAAAUUCACGAGCUACUUCUCCGGAACUUCUAAGAAUAUAUUUAUCGGGGAAGUUUUGUUUAAAAAUGUGAAUUCCUUUUAUUUGUGAUCAUGGGUCAUCACUGGGGCUGAGUUUAGACUUCAGUGUUUGUGUUUGUCUGAACUGAACCAUUGGAAUUGUUUUGAACCACUUUUUGAAUUUUUUAAGGUUUGGUUUUAACAACGAAGUCUUGAAAUCACUUAACUACAAAACAUGCUGUCAACUCACUGUGGUAAACUUGGGUUACAGUGAUGUUUUUUUCCCAAUUAUAGAUUAGGCCACUCUGAUGAAACUUUUGCAAUGAUUACAGUGAUUAUCUAGAUGAAUUAUAUGAUAGGACUGCAUUUCCAAAUGUAUCCUGAUAAUGAUAGAUUGACUGAAACCCAGUGAAAGAAGAGGGUAUUUUUAGAUGGUCUUGUGACUAUUGUCUAUUAACCUCUUUAUAGUUGUCUAUCACACAUAUCUCUUCUUUUUAUAAGGAGUUGAUUUGAAAAUUUUAACAACAUUGAAUCGAAAGGGUUCACUAGCAAAACCGUUAUUUUUCCAACCUUCUUCAGUGAAACACAUGGAUAGAUAUGACAAGCAGAGAAGUUAUGUCAGAUAUGUGCAAAUCAAGUAUGAAAAUCUAGAUAGAUAUGCAAAUCAAGCUUUAAAACAAAAACAGUAUGAAAAUCUGUCAGAUAGAUGGACAACAGAUAAAUACACAAAUCAGAUAGCAGAUCUAGAUUUUUAUGAAAAUUAGGCAUGCAAAAAGGCUUGGUGCCAAGUGGGCUAACAUUAGCCUAGCUUGUUUGUAGGUGUCCCUGUGGUGUUCACAUUUGAAAUCUUUCAGUUCCCCUGUUGAAGAUGAAACCACUGUCAGGUUAAAAAGUAUUUUUUUCGAUUGAAACUCUUUAGCAUGGACUUGUCCAGCGCCGCUGCAGCUCAGCUUGAUUUUCUGAAAACUUCAGAUUCAAAUGUCCUGCAAAUUGCCUCACACUGUUUUACUUUGAUGUUCUUUCAUAAUUAAGACCAUACAGGUGCAAACAAUUAUGGGUGGAUAUAAGAAGUUGUUUCUCAAGGGGCUUCAUGAUCUCUGGCCAGUCAAAUGAAAUGUCUCCCUGUAGGAUCAUUGAGAGUUGAGUCCUUCUGGGAAAAGAAGCUCAAAUUAUUUGAGACUGAUUAUGAGGUGAUUGAUUGCUUAAACUAAUCCAAGAUAAAUUAGUUAUUUUCUUUGAAUGUAGACGAUGAAAGCUACUCAAGAGGAGUCCUGUUAAGAAAUUGGAGAGGUGAAAAUAUAAAUAGGAUGACUACUAGAGAUUUUAAUCUCCUAAAAAGGUCUGUAAAUUUAAAAAAUCAACAAAGACCUUCCACCACUUUUAAGGGUAAGAUCCAUGUGUAAAUCAAACAGCUAAGGUUUUCACUAUUUUGACUGUACCUAGAUAUUUUUCUGUCAGUCCCCCGGGAAAACUUUAGAAGUCCCUGUAAGCAGGUAACAUAGCAGGAGUUAUUCCUGAGAAAUCACUGCAUCUGACUGGACAGGGAGGGUGACACUGACUGUCUAAAAUGGGACCAGUGCUCUUUACAAGAUAAAGCUGCAAUCUGUCAAUUUAAUGAUCACAAUCAUGCACUUUUAUAUCAAAGACUAUAACUCAAAGACAAGAUGUCUGAGAGAAUAUCAGAUCUCACUGAAUUUGGUGCCUUAGGUUCACUUAAGUACCACAAAAAGAGUUUAGGUUGUUUACCCAGUCCCCAGUACUAAGUAAUUACAACAUAUAAUGUUACAGUAUUACACAAAGUUAUGUAGUACUGCAAUCAUAAUGGCUUUUGGGUGACAGAGUCAUGUAAAGCGAAAUGGCAAAACAUCCAAAAUGGAUCAAAAUUGUUAUAUUUUUGUCUCCUCCUCCCAAAGUUUAUUUCUGAAACAUUCCCCUUAGAUUUAUCUUCAGUUAUCAGUCAUCUCUUUUUUUGUUUUGUUUUUCAUUCCUUUGCAGAUUGGUCCCAAGUGGAAGGACGUAGUCUCACGCUGCAUUAAGGGCCACUACCAGCCACUGCUGCUGCUCUACGCCGACCCCCGUGGGACUCCAGUAUCAGUGCAGGAUCUGCCUUCACGCUUCGACCUCCAACAACUCAACAAGGCCUGUUACGACAGCGAAGACUCGGGUAACUACAACACAGCUAGGAGUCGUAGUAGUAGCACAACAGCAAACAUUCAGGUAACUAAACCAGACUUAGUAGUGCUUGUUGUAGUCGUGGUAGUUCUUUGACAGACAAGACUGAGGUAACUAAAAAUACAGCUAACAAUUGGAGAAGGGGCAGAAGUGUAGUGGUCAUUUUAGUCCUUGAACUGGAACCAGAAGUCUUCAUUCUUUUAGCGGCAGAGAUUUUAAGACAGUCUAUAAUGUUCUCUUUUUGUGGAUACGUGUUUUUGAGCACGGGGACAUUUCCACUGACGCCCCGACUUGUGUACUAACCCCAUCCCCUACACCCUUCCAACCAGGCCGCGAGCAGUCAAUCUCCAGCGACACUCGCACCGAUUCUUCGACGGAGAGCUACUCGUACAGACAGCCCUCCCACUCGCACCAUGAGUCCCUGGCCAGUCACUACUCCUCUGACUCCCAGGGAACCGUCAUCUGCACCGAGCGCCCAGACGGACCCUUGCAUGCCUCUCUCUGCAGCCUGGAUACCAUAGGUGGGUAGCCGAGGGGCGGGGGCAGGAGACAGCUUUAUGGUUGAAUGUAAAAGACUUUAAUGUAUAGAGAAACAAAUUCACAUCAGGUCGAUGGUUUUAUGUCAGGUGAGUGUCAAAGAUUAUCAUCAGUUGCUUAUUGCGUUGAUUGAUCAUGUUGAUGAUAAAAGACAGCAGGGUUUGCUUAAUCACCUCUUGAACACAUUUUUAUUCCUCCAUAGAAAUUUAGACGUUAUUAUUUCAUAGGCAGAAACAUUUUUUUUAAUUUGAAAAGAAAAAACAAAGACAUGAAAAACUUGACCUGGAGUGACCCUGCUGUGAGGCCCAUCAGACUCUGUCACACAUCCUCUCUUUUUCUGUCAUUGUAUGGAGCAAUGUGGUGAUCAUGCUGUAAACAUCAACAUGCUUUUUGUUGCUAAGGCCACGUGACCGACAGUGAGCAGCACCAAUCUCUGAGGAAGGGAGGCGGGGCCGGGGAUAGGAGGCGGAGCUCUAGCCGCCACCGGCGAUCUAAACCUGACAACGAAGCCUCUUCUGCCGGUUACCACAGCGAGGGUAGGCGGGAAUUGUGCAAACAAGGGGCUGGGGACUAUGGGCAAAAAAAUCAGAGGGCAGAGAGAGCAACUAGAGCAACCCUAUUCCAAAACAAGUUUAGACACUGUGGGUAAAAUGUUGAUCAAAACAGAAUUUGAUGGUUUGCAAAUUAGUUAAAGUCUGCAACAUAGCAGGUGUUGAAACUAAGUUUUCUUGUUGUUUUCUGGAAUUUUAUAUUUGAAGCCAGUUACAUGUUUCAAGAAAAUAUGGAGAGGGACAAAAAACACUGAAAAGGUUGUGCAUUGCCUCCUUAAAAACAAAAAACAAAAACAAAACUCUGGAGGAAAACUCUUACGUAGGAAACACUAGAGAUGUAGAGUUUAUCAGAAGUAGAAACGGGAAAAAUCUGAAAGAGAAUCUGCUCGGAGAAAAUAAUGUAGUUCAACAGUAAUGUACCCCGGCUUAAAAAGAGCAGUGCAUUAAAUAGCCUCAGUGGAAGAUUCAGAGAUUUUGAAGAAAUCUCUCAACAUACAGUACCUGUUUGUGUCAUGACUGGGUGGCCUUGAUUUUCAGGCCUUCAGGCUACACUGCAUUAAAAAGAGACAUGACUCUUCAGUGGAAAUCACUGAAUCAGAACAAAUCACUCCCAAACCAUUGUCUGUAAACAUAGUCUGUUGCUGCAUCCACAAAUGCAGAUAGAAACUCUACCAUGCAGGGAGGAAAUAAUGAAUGAAUAUAAUAGCAUUGUAUCAAUACUGGUUAUUCUGAAAUGCCCUGGUGUGAUAAACAGCAUGCUGCAGAUACAGACUUUUUUUUACUUUUUGCACAGCAGAGACUCUUUGUGAGUGAUCUCUUUAACUGCUGAAUAAAAGAGGAUAAGAAUAUUGUUAAAAAAAAUGCUUAUACAUUUACAGGACAAAAUCAGCACAUAGAUCAGAAGUAUCAAUUGACCCAUAAGGGGUGCUGAAAUUGACAAAAACUCAAGUUCUUCGGUUCUUUAUGUAAAGUCACACUGAUGAAAAAUUAGGUUUCAACCACUUAGAGAGGUAAGAAGUAAUAUGAGCUAACCUAAAAGUGGAAUAGUCACAUAACAUUUAAAAUCUGAAAUAGAAGAUUUGAACAUAAACACAAACUAUUUAACCUGAUGACUUUAACAUAAGCAUGCUGCAUGGCCUGCAGGUACUUUUAAUGAUGUUUUUUUCAGUUUUUGCUUUACUCAGUGGCUGUAACCUUGCCAACCGUUUGUUGUUGCUGCAAACAGCACUGUUAAUAUCAGUUUAUAAAAUAAAUUCUGGAGAAACCGGACAUUUUUUGAAGGUCGGUUAUUUAGUUCUUCUAAAAGACUUCAGCUUAAGAUGCACAGAAGUACUUUGAGAAAUAGAAAAGGGUCAAACUGAAAGGAGAGGAAGAUGACUUGUGCUGCCAAUGUCAUUUCUUUAGUUGCCAUUCAUUGAAUCAUUCUAUCUCUUCUUUCAUUUAUGGUGCCUUUUUGAUGUUAAUCACCCUCUUUUUGUACUUACUUUCCUGCUUUGUCUUGUGUUUUUUUCUCUUGCUGCUUCCCCUCUUACUUUUUUACCUCCCUGUGUGUCUGUCUUUCUCCCUUCUUUUUGCUCUGUCCUCAUUUUAUAUAUCCCUUUUCUCUUUUUCUUCCUAUUUUCUUUCUUUUGUCUUCCCUUCUCAAUUCCCUUUUCUUCUAUCAUUCUCUUUCCUCCCUCUCCCUUCCAUCUUCCUCCCCCCCAGGUGAGACUUUAAAGGAGAAGAAGGUUCCUCGUCACCUUCCCAAACCUUCCUCCUCCUUCUCAUCCUCUACCAGCCGCCUGCGAGACCUAAGGGAGACCAUGAGCAACAUCAUCCACAACCGACCCCUCUCCUCCUCUUCCUCCUCGUCUUUGCCUGCUGCUGUUCUUUCUGAAAUGACCUCCUCCACCAACAACCACAACCACCCUGCCAGUGCUGCUGCUCCCUGCUCCUCCUCCUCCAUUAAACCCCAGGACUGGGAGGCAGACAGCACCAGCAGCGAGUCCAAGUCCAGCUGCUCAGGAGGAGCUGGGUCAGGAAGGUACCGGCCUGCAUGGAGGCCACGCAGAGAGGCACUUAACAUCGACAGUAUCUUUACCAGGCGAAGGCAGGCGGGGUACAGCCCACUUGGAGCUGCCCUGCAGGACGAUAGUGGACUUCCAACAGCUGAAGGAGCAGACUCUUCCCUAAUAGGCCAGGAGAAGGCGUCGUCUCUCAGGCCUGGCUCUUCCUGGACUCUACCAACCUCCUCCAGCAGCCACAGAGGAGCUGGAGACAGACCAGGAGCUGAGCUGCCUCCUCCUCCCCCUCCUCCCAGGUUGAUCCAGAGGAUGGAGAGUGGAUAUGAGAGCAGUGAGAGGAACAGCAGCAGCCCGGUCAGCCUUGACUUGAACAUUGGAGACAGGUGAUCACAUAAAAAGAACAGAAUCUCUAAAAUGUCUUAAACUAACCAGCUAUGAAAUGAAACAAAUGAUUACUAUAAUAAAUCACAUGAAGGUUUUUCUUCCUUUUCCUUUUUUUGCUGCAAAAUAAACUUUACAUUAUUUGCUAUUUUUUGUGAAAAAAUCUACAAUUUAAGUAGUAUUUAAAAGAAUUAUGUAAUACUGCCACAAUGUUUCUGACCCUGGGUCAUAAGGGAGUGACUUCUAACAAAUAACAGCCUUAUAGUGUCUUAGUGUUUCCUACUUAAAAUGCUGCUUCUGCAUUCUAUUAAAAGACAGAGCUGAAAAGAGGUCAGCUUUAAAACUGAUACUCAUGAGUUAGGAUAAAUGUUAGUAAAGGGCUAAGCUAAACUCUGACUCAUGCAACGAGGUUUAUUUCAAAUAAUCAGUAAUGAUGUUCGCAGAUAUAACUCUAACAGUGUCCAGUAUAAAUCAGUACACCCUCUGUUAAAAGUAAUCUAUUACUGAAUAUCUAGAUGAGCAAAAGUACAAUUUCCAAAGUUUUGACAAAGCUGAGUUUAACAUAACAUUUUAUUUACCAUAAGAUGAAACUAAGGGUGGUAUGGUAACUGAAAUUUUGCUUUGCUGUCAGAAAUUUGAUUGGGGUGUACUCAUUUUUGCAUCCUGAUUUUAAAUUGGGGGGAAAAAAAAAUUAGUAUGCAACUUAAAAAAAAAAAUCAUGUUUGCAAUCAAUGGUCUACAUUUGGGGGAGUGUUUUGUCGUAUAGUCUGACAUAGAAAAUGUUGAUUUUGAAAGGAAACUAAAGGUUUUCUGACAACUCUGAAGGGAUGUACUCAUUUAUGCUAAGCACUGUAUAUAAAUCCUACCUUGUGUCUCUCUGUUCUCCAGGGAGUGUGCUGUGAAGAAGGCUCCAUCCUCCUCUUCUUCCUCUGGACCAUCAUGGAAGAACUCCAGGUCAAAGAGCAGUGGAGCUCUUCUGCAGGAGAUCAGCUCUUCCAGCCUCGGUAAGACACAUCUGUGUGUGUUUGUGUUUUUGAUGGUUAAGUUGAAAGUGUGUUCAGUGAGUGUAUCUCCUUACUGACUUGUUUAGUUAAUGAAAACAUUUAAGUGUGAACAUUUAAAAAGAGUUUUUACAAUGUAUUUUUUUUACAGUGUUGCAUCUGUGUUUAUGUGUGUGUUUUCUAAUUAGCUCCCCCUACAGGCCGUAGCGAGCUGGAUGAGCUGCAGGAGGAGGUGCAGAGGAGAGCGAGGGAGGAGGAGCAGCAAAGACGGCAGGAGAAAGAGAGGGAGGCAGCAUUAGGGUUUAACCCCCGUCCCAGCAAGUACCUGGACCUGGACCAGCUGCAGAUCCAGGGUAAAUACCUGCAUUUUUACAUACACUCAGUAUUUUCAAGAAUUGUGUCCAACCACUGUAUAUGUCCUUGAAGCAAUGAAACAAUGUCACAAGUUGUCUUUGUAAGAUGUCACCAGAAUUACUUUCCAGUUAAACUAAUAAUACAUAUUUUUAUUCUUAAGGCUGGUCAUAUGUUGAGUCUUAGCCAUGGACUGUAUAUAGAAUGGAUGCCGUCUGCCUCCUCACUGGGUGAUCCACCGCAAGAACAGCACCCUCUAGUGACAGGCUGCAGUGUAGGUCAUAAAUCCCGCCUCCUCCAGCAAAGCUUAUGGAGCUGUGGACAAAGUUUAGAAAUUAAUUACACAGAAUCUAAAAUUUUCUCCCCCCUGCUUGUGAUGUUGACAUGUAGUUACUGUAAUACUGGUUAGUGCUCAAGUCCUUUUUUUCUGUACAGCUCCAUUUUAAAAAGUUAUGAGGGGGUUCAUGUUUUCUAUGAUUGACACUUGAUACAGCCUAGGGGCGUAUGAAGAUUGAGCCAAGUGUCAUCACAGCGAAUCUUGGCGACUCUUCCACCGAAUCCGUACAAUGCAACUGCGCAAGAGGUUGAGUGCGUACAACGCUACUGCAUAAUGUUAGUUUCAGGAAGUGGAGAGAAAACAGAGAAUUACCAAGAGCUUUUUGGCUUCAAAUCUGUAUACUGGUGGAAGGCGGAACCAAGUUGUCCAUAGCAUAUAUAGUUUAUGGUCUGAGCUCUAGCACAGCCACCCACCAUUACCCGGGCUGUAGGUCCAGUCUAUCGCUGCUGCCACAAUGCUUAACUACCUGGAUGUAAACAAGCACAGACGAAAGAUGGCAUCUUUUAACAUGCUAGUGUCUGGCACUAUUUUGAUGUAGAAACUGGAGAUGAAGUUAAAAGUAGGCGGUGUCUAGUUAACCUGUAACUGUGUGUGAAAAGUGAAUGGUGUGUGUUUUGUUAAACAACUGGAAAGAUCCUCAUUGAUCAGCUGAAAGGGCCCAGCUCAGCAGACAAACAAAAGAUGGGAUGACCCUCACAGCAGUGAAUCCUGUUUGUGUGUGUGUGUGUGUGUGUGUGUGUGUGUGUGUGUGUGUGUGUGUGUGUGUGUGUGUGUGUGUGUGUGUGUGUGUGUGUGUGUAUGUGCAUCAUGUUGCUUGUAGUGCGGGGGCUUUGAGAGAUGUAAUGGCUGUUUCAUGUAAUAGAAAAAAACGAUCUCGCUCUUUAACAAAAAGCUCUGACUCUGUAGGGAUCCUCCCUGUAAUGUUGUCAGACACUUAAAAGAACAAUGUGGGCCUGACAGUGGAUGAAAAAAGUACUUAGAGUGGACACACUGUACUUUGAUCGGACAAAUUUGGUGCCCAGAUUAUCAUCAGAGACUCUGUGGUAUGACCAGGAAAAGUGCAUUCGACAUUUGUUAUCAUAGUGUUUCCCAGAGAGUGAUUUUGUAUCUGAGGAGGGGUUGGAGGGGUAUUAAAAACCACUAUAUUAGCUUAUCUUGGUUAUUUAUUUAACUUAAUAUCAACUGUUAAUUAUUAUUUGAAUUACUAUUGGAAGUUAUAAUUGCAAUUUCAGAGCUCUUUAAAAAUUGAAUAUUAAAUUCCAUUGACACAAAACUUGACAGUUGGGUACAUACAGUAUUAUUGCUGUCAGUCACUUGCAGUCAUUGCAGAAAUUGUUGCAUAACUUAUCAUGAGUCUUAAAGAUUUGUCUUUAUAGGACCUGCAAUGUGCAAUUACUGUAUACAGUAUAUAUAUAUAUAUAUGUGUGUGUUUGUGUGUGUUUUGAUGCCGUAGGCAAAGGUGACAAUUUUGAGCGAUGUCUGUCAGAGGCAGAGCUUCUGCUGGACCAGUCGGUGCGUUUGGAGCAGGCAGGGGAGGUCGCUGCUGCACUGUCAGCUGUCAACGAAGCAGUCUGUAAGCCCCUCCAGAUCUUUCUCCUUUAACUCUCUCCUCAAUUUAACACACACACGCACACACAUCAAUAUUCUCUCAUAUCUAUUAUACAUAUGAACUAACUGAAUGAGGUCAUCUCACCCUUCCCAACCAAAUCUCUUCUCGGUCGCUCAUGGCAACCACAGGCAUUACAGUGGCCUGCCAAAAAUUGACAUCAACAGCUUGUGUGUGUGUCAUUGCACACACACACAUACACACUCACACACUGCGUUGUCCAGCAUACUGUCACCACUGCAGCAAAACAAACUUCUCAGUCACUCGUCUCCCCUCAUCAAAAACCUGCCGGAUGAUGAUUAGAAACUGACAAAAACAGAUGUAUUGCAAAACACUUUAAUUUUAGAGAUUUAAGAGAACCAGAUUUGAGAAAAGCAUUAGCUAUCUGAAUGGAAACAUCAGAACGAAGAAGCAAACCCAUGGAUAAAGCUUCAGCAGAUCUUCAAAUGUCAUCUUAUUCAAAACAGACUAAUCACAGCAUGGUUAUCUUCCAAAAGCCUCAUCCAAAGGUCUGUUUUAUAACAGGAUGGCUCUUAGAUUGGUAGUUUUGAAAAAGCCCAUUGAGCAGUUAGAUCACCAGAAAGAGUUUAAAAUUAUCUUUUUGGAGUGAGUCACUUUGGCCAGGCAUUUUCAGUUCAGUUAUUGUUUUUUAUGUUUUGUCUUUGUUUAAUUUUAACAUCAUUUUGGGGAACCAUACCUGGGGUACUGAUCUUUCAUCACUGCUAUUUCUCAUGUCAACCAUUCCAUAAUAAAAGCACACGUUUGAUAUUAAGUUUUUUGGAUGUAUAUUUAAUUUUGAAUAUUUGGCAUAAAAUCAUCACGUUAAUUUCUACAUCUUUUCUUUUUUUUUCAUCUUUAUUCUUUCCUUUUUUUCUGUUAUGUUCUGUCUGUUGACAUGUGACCUGGCUGCAGCCAAACUGCAGCUGGUGGCGGCUGAGGGUGGAGCUAGUAGUCACAGUCGACUGCAGCGCUGCAUGAGGAGAGCCCGCAGUCUGCAGCAACGCAUGCAACUGCAGCAGCAGCAGAACUCAGAGGCAGGCACACAGCAACCAGUACAACAACAACAGGAAGAGGGGCAGCAGCUCCAGGAUCAGCCCAGGUACCACCUGUAGUCUGCCUGACCAAUCACAGGUCUUGCAAUGUAUUAGUACACUAUAUUUUAGCUAUGAAUGAUCAAAGAUCCUGAAAUAGUGCCUGGUUUGGUCUGUGAGCUAAUUUAAUUGAAAUACAGGGCUGAGGUGGAAGACAACUCACCGGAUAUCAAUUAGGACUUAAAGAAGCUUUCCAUAGAAACUGCAAUAACUGAUCUUUAACAAUAAAUACACUGAACAAAACUAGAAACGCCACAUUUUUGUUUUUGCUCCCAUUUUACAUUAGCUAAACUCAGAGAUCUAAGACCAUAUUCUGAAUCCCCAAAAAGAGGACAUGACUACGCAGGGGCAAAGUCACAGAGUUGAGUGUAGUUAGUUUUGGAGGUUUUUUGGGUUGAAUCAAGUGUCUUUUACACGCUUCUAACUCAGUAAGUCCAUGUGACACAAACUUAAAACUUCCAUACAAAACCCUGGACAUUUGAAGGAUUUUAUAAACUCCCCCAGACAAGGCUGGACAAGGCCGGACAGCCCCCAUAAAAGAGGACGUGUCAGGGUAAAAGAGGACGUAUGAUCACCCUACUUUUUCUAUUUACUCAAAAGACCUUUUUGUCCCAAAUAUUGUUGACAAAUUUGUCUAAAUCUGUGUUAGUGAACGCUUCGCCUUUGCUGAGAUAAUCCCUCCACCUCACAGGUGUGGCAUAUUAAGAUGCUGAUUAAACAGACUGAUUAUUGCACAGGUGUGCCUUAGAGUGGCUACAAUAAAAGGCCACUCUAAAAGGUGCAGUUUGAUUGUGGCCAGUCUUAGGCACACCUGUGCAAUAAUCAGGCUGUCUAAUCAGCAUCUUAAUAUGCCACACCUGUGAGGUAGAUGGAUCAUGUCAGCGAAGAAGUGUUCACUAACACAGAUUUAAACAAAUCUGUCAACAGUAUUUGAGAGAAAUAGGUCAUAGUUCAGUUCAUGAAAAAUGAGAGCAAAAACUGUUGUGUUUAUAUUUUUGUUCAGUGUAGUUCCAUCACUAAAUUGAUGAUUUUGCCAACAAGUGAAAUCAACCUCAGCUGGUCAUGUUGAGGAGCAUUGGCUCAGAAGUGUUUGGAGGAUGGUUGUUUUUUAACCUGCUUAUAGAGUUUAUAUAUUAAGGUGAGACAUUUAGGGGUAGACUAUAGUAAGAAAUCAACACCAAAAGAAGAAAAUCACAUACACAUAAACACAACCUAGACCACCCAUUGCUCUCCGAUGACACCAUCUGCUCCAACCUUACUGCAGUCUCACACACACACAUCCAUAUGCGGCAUAAACUCCCUCACCCAUCUUCCUUUCCGUCUCUUCUCUGUGUCUUUCUCUAUCGUAAUGCAGUGAAAAGCCUCUCUCGCUCCAAAUACUUCUGACUGAGGGACAGGGGGACCAAUCAGCUGCCACUCUGGACCAGCAGGCCCUGCCUCUCUCUCCCUGCCUUCUUAAACCCCUCACCUCCAGCUCCGCUGACUCUGACACCAGCAGCAGGGCCCCUACAGGUUCACCCAGGGAAGAGAGCAGGAACAAAGGCACCUGCUCCCGCUUUGGAAAACCACUUGCUUUUACUGGCUCUUUCUCGGCUCUGUGUGCUAACCCCUCAGAGCAGAGCAGCCUUGGAAACUUGGCUCCAUCUGCUCCAGCUGAGGAGGUGGACCACCCAGCCACAUGGACCAGAACACUCCCUGUCUCCAUACCAACAAGGGACACCCCUCAAUCAAGGCCGUAUUCUCAAAGCCCAUCACCUGGUCUCUCAGGCGACAGGUGUCAUCUACUAACGAAGGAGGAGAGUUACAUCACUCAUCCACAGACCACGCCCCCUCAGACCUCCAGGCUAGCCCCGCCUCCUUCCCCGCACACAACCAGAAAUUGGUCCUGCUUACUCAUGGAUCAACCUGAUUCUCCCCUUGACCCACCUAGCUCCGCCCCCUACUCCCCACCAGAGUCCCCCUCCAGCACCCCCUCACUGCCUGCGAGCCGGCCCAGUCUCCCUUCACCCUCCCUCCCCUCAACCCAGGACUAUAGAGGAGCCCUUCCUGUGGAGCGCUGGGCAGAGAACGUCAACAGAUACUACAGCUCCCAAAAUGCAGCAGAAAGUGGGGGAGCGAUGCCUGAUGAGGAGCUGUCAGAGCUUGACUCUCUAUACCAGGCCAGUCUUCUGGCUCCCAGCAUGCACCGGGGCAGCCGAGGAAUCAGUCCUCAGACAACCAGCAGCAAACCAGGUGAGAACUAAGAGUCCAUGGGCUCAACCAAUAGUCCUCCAAGAAAAGAAAACAGACCGCUAACUGGAAACUCAUUCAUGUUCUUUUUGCAUGUGGGUUUUUCAAAAUAAAAGACCAUCUUCAAGAAGUAGAAAGAGGAUCAUCAAUAGGAAGCCUGAAAUAAUCAUCUGCCUCUGCCACUAAGCUUGCCCAAAAUGAAAUCUCUUCCUUGAAUGUGACACAAAAAGACUAAAUUCACUGUAGCUAUGUGAAACAGAUAUAAGUUAUUUAAGCAUAGUUGUUGGGAAGCUGUUUUGAUUUGAUGGGACUGCUAUCUACGUCAGUUAAGUUAUUCCAUUGCUUAUCGUUAAACUGUAACAAUUCUUUCUACGGCUCAUAAGGGUGUUCUUGUGUUUAUUUGGUUUUGGUUUUGUGUUUGUGUAGGUGUGAGGAGAAUGCAGUCAGGAUUUGGACGAUCGAAAACACCAACAGCUGAGAUCGAGAGAUACGCCUACAGAACACCAGUUACACCUACUCAUAAGGUACAACUCACCAAGUGUUUGUGUGAAUGUGUUUGUGUAUGUGUGUGGGCUGCCUUUUUUAUUACUUUGUGUGUGUGUGUUUGUUUUGGUGAUUUUUUUCUAUUUAUUUAUUUAUUUAUCUAUUUUACCACAGCAGGUUAUGUGAUCAUUCGCUCAAAACAAUUUCAUCUGCAUCUUUUUAAAUACAUUUUUCUGGGGUCUUGUCAGGGUUUGAGGCUCCAGAACAGAUUUAAAAAAAAAACAGGUCUUGUAGUGAACUGAUAAGUUGUUAAACUGAUAUGUUGGUACUUUUCUUUAAAUUUGUAAAUGUAGAGCACCAAUCAAACACAUAAAUCUGGUGAAUAUCAGCUCUGACUGUUUCAGUUGCAGAUCAUAUUUUCUUUCUUGUAGAUACUCUCCACCUCUAUGUAUGCUAAUGUUAACUGAUGUUUUUAAUGGUUUAGUAUUUAUGCUUUCCACUUUACAUCAUACAUAUAAAAACAUAUAAUGUUUGUUCUGAUACUAUUAUACAACAGCUGCAAUUAAGUGGUUAAAAUGUGUGGUAGCUGUAUAUUUAGUUUAAUUGAUUUUUCAAUAGACGUUUUGAAAUUCUGACACCUAGUAGCUAACCUCAGACACUUUGUGAAUCAAUUAUUUGUCAAAAUUCUUUUUUGUAACCAAUCACUCCAUGUCUAAUUUCAUUCAUGUAGAGUGGUGAUUGGUCUGUUGUGGUUUGAGGGGAUGGUGGAAAGGUCGUUGCAAAAGUCUAUUCUGUAGUUUGUCCAAGUGUCAUGCUUACCUCUGUUGUCUGUGCAGCCGACAGGCGAGGAUGAGAGCUACAGCGCAGAAAACCUGCGACGUAUCGCCCGCAGCCUGAGUGGAACUGUCAUUGGAUCACGACCACAAAACCUGGGCCCCUCCCGCAGCUGUGUAAGUCUGACCAAACACACACACACACACACACACACACACACACACACACACACACACACACACACACACACACACACACACACUCAUUAUAUAGAAAUUGCUCCAUCAUCUGGGAAGAAAACCCGCUGCAGUGAAGUUUCUGGUUGCUGGUUUUAUUUAACUGUGUGCUGCCACCCUGUGUCUGCUGGUUGUAACUGCAUAAAGGUUCAGUUCUGGCUCCUCUCAAUUUCUCUGGUUAAAGGGAUAUUCCAACGUAAAUUUAACACCGAGUUAGACACCCCUCAAGAGAUGAAUGUUAACUGUUGAUGAAGUUAGGUGCUGUUCUGAGCAUUAUUUGUGGCCAUAAAGUGGUGUUUGGUUGAGGUUUGCACUUGGAGAUGUAGACCCCUGUGUAUUGGUAUCAUGCGGUUUUUGCUGAAGUUGGUAUGCUUAGAGAAGCAAGCAGUCGGCAACAUUCUUCUCUCGAGGGGGUGUCUAACUUGGUGUUACAGUGUGUCUGACUUAAAUUUAAGCCAGAAUAUCCCUUUAAGAACAGAUCUGAUAUACUACUGGUUCCUAUAAAACUCCUUUCUGAUUGUUUGUUCUUGCUGCUAUAAUGGAUGUUCUUAGUCCCAGCGCUUUCAAAUACUAAUUCUACAAUCAUACUUAGUACAAGCCCCUUCUUCUACAUGUGAUUUUCAAAGCACUCCAGAUAUGUACACACUCAAAGUAGAUCUGUGGUCCUGUUGGCUCUGGUCUACAAGCUCCUUUCAAUUAGAGAUUAAAUGACCUGAUAUAACUUUGCUGUCUAGUCAGGACUGAGAUCAAAACAGGUACAAUAGAGAUGUACCUGCUGUGAAAAUUGGAGCAGAUAAUAACACUGAUGUUUGAAACAACAAUUGAGUUGAUGUGGAAAGUUAAUACCAGUGUCUUGAAAUGUCUGAUUUUUAAAAGUACUCUGAGUUUUGAUUUAUUCAAGUGGUUGCUUUAAAACCCUUCUUAAUAUCUCUUUAGCAAAUUCAAAUCUUUCCCAGAAACUACGUCAUAAUCCUACACUGCACAUGCAUUUUCUGUCACAUUGAAUCAUGAAAAUCCAUCAGAGUUUGUCCAGCAGGGGACUUCUUUCUCUGAAGGGGAAGUCAGAUGCAUCAUCUCCUCAGAUCUACACUGAUGUGAUGAAGUAAAGUUGAACAGGAUACAGACGAACACUUGGCUUGCCAAUGUCUGUCAACAGGACCAGUAUUUGCCAAUAACUAUGUUCAACUUAAUAACUGGUGCUUCCCUAACUUACAUUAGGUUCAGGUUCAGGUUACUUUAUUAAUACCCAAACGUAGAUUUGUUCUGCAGUGAAAUAAAGUGAUGACGUCCAUUUAUACAAGUUACAGUACAAAUACAAAACAACCACAAAACAGAGCACAUGGUAAAAGCACCCCAAGGCUCCCCAGUCAGGUCAUAAGAGAGGGAGAAAAACGUCAGUACAUAAAGAAAUGCAAAUAAACAACCUAAGUGGUAUAUACCAUCAGUGGGAUUUGUAUGAAGAAGACUUGAGGACAUAUUGAAUGUAUCUGUAAAAAUCCACUUAUUAAUCUAUAUAUACCAACAUUUACAGACAUUUGUUCUCCUAUCUCAUCUUGAGUUUUGCAUGUACAACAUAAAGCAGAGGCAGUAAAAAUGUGAGAUAGCUAACCUGAAAAUGAUGUAAUGCCCUCAAACAUUAUAGAAAACACCAAUCAUUUGUUUUUAACUUUCCUAUUCUCCUCAUCGAUUGUUUAGCACUUUGAUUUUGGCUCAGAAUUAAAACUCACAUUUGCUAAAUACUAAACUGGCAUGACAUGGAUCUAUGCAGCAUUAUUUUUUAGCUCCUCCCUGUCACCAGCUGCUGGUAUUUCGAGCUGCACUUGUUCAAACAGUGUGAGAAAGCCUGUGAGCGGUUCAACUCUGUGCAGUUGUAAAGGUUUCUGUGUGAGCCUCGAGCAGCAGCCUCUGUUUCUGUACAGAACCUGUUUCUCUCUUUCCUCUCUGUUGCCGCUGGCGUUAAGCCAUCUUGUAUUCAGCCCUCAGGAAUCGCCUCAGGCCAGCGCAUUAAAGAUUGAUCACUGAUUUAGUUCUUCCAUUAAGCUUUUAACCUCGGCGUUCACUGCCUGAUCUGAACCGACAGCUGAGGUCUGACUGUGGAUACCUCUGUCAAAUCCUCCCAGCUCCACCGUCUGCAGGAAGAAUCUCAAUGUUCGACUCCAACCGGAGGGUUUAAUUCUUCAGCUAAGUGUCGAUUGUGUCUGCAGCACAGCUGUAACACUUAGUGAAAUGUUACAACUCACACAGGGAGCAGGAUCGCCGGAAGAACAAGGCGAAUCCAGGCCUGUAGUCAAUGAUCCUCAUUUAUUAUUUAAACUCAACACGUAGGAGAAUCCUCUCCACUCAAGAAAAACAUACAUUUACGCUGCUGCUCAUUUUCUAGAUUUGUGAGCAAGUCUGAAGAUUUUACCCUUCACUGAAAUCUCACUUGUUGCUGGUGCUCCACCGACACACUGGCCCAUUUCAUUUCCUUCAAGUCUUUACUUAUGACCAUGACCCUGCGAUGAGAGAACUCUCACCUCAUGAUGCUGAGGAAAAAAAGAAAGCGUAUGAUCUACAAAUAUCGCUGCAUUACCCUGUAAACUCUGCAUUUCACAGUACAUUUAUGAUGACAGCACAAUACUUAUUGGAGUUCUUUGCAAUACUUAAGCUACAGCUUUAAAAAUCGAUUUGCUGUGUAACUGAAAAAGUUUAAUUGAGAUUUCCAUUGCUUUUUAUUUGGGUUAAGAGUUUUCUAAAACUAUAAAAUGAUACUAAUGAGAAUAAUGAUAACACUGAUUUUAUUUUGCUCUCUUUCCCAAAGUGUUUUGUUGCCUCUCUGUUAUCAUUUGAGGUGAUUUUCACUGUUGACUCUGCUUUUGUAAAUGUUUUUCCAUUAUUGAUCGUUCCACAGUAAACUUCAAGCUGAAUCUGCAGCUCCCCUUAGAUCUACAGAGUUUAAUAGUCUGUUUCAGCUCUUUGUUUGUUGUGCUGGUUCAGUCGCACUGAUCUUAUGGAGUCAUUUACAGAGAAAAAUGUUCCCUUGUGCCUGACCUGUUCAGCAGCAAAUACGCAGACUAAAACUGUUUGUGAGUGUUAUCAGGAAAGGAAGUAAUAAAAAGAAAAGGAAAGAGAACGGCAAUUUGUGGGAAGGUGGAAAUGACCAAAAACGAAACUCAAAAAGAGUGCAGAUCCAUUUUCACUUCUGUUGAACAGAAAAUCCUCACAGCUUUCAGUUUUUAUGAAAAGGAAACUUGUAUUGUAAAGAUACAAGGUUCAUCUUCUCCUGUGUCAUUUUUAGUGAUUUGUAAUUUUUUUAUAUUUUACCCUCAUGUUAAAUUCUUUUCAUCUUUUUUUUUAUCCUCACUUUUUGCAUCAUCUUGUUUCCUCACCCUUCUCUCUCUCAUAUUUCUCCAUUCUUUCUCCUCUCUUCUGCAUAUUUCUCCUCCUGUUUUAUUGUUAUGUUGACCAUUAUUUUUAUCAUCUUUUUUUUUUCUCCUCUGCUUUCUGUUUUUUUUCAUCUUUGUUUUUCCAUCUUCCCCUCUUUUACCUCAUCGUUCCUUCAUCACUAUCAUCUUUCCACUUCUCCUUCUCACUGAAAAGGACCCCGAUCUGCCCAGACCCUCCCUCAGACACACCGACCAUCACUCCUCCACCACCUCCCUCCUCCGUCGCCCAAGCACCUCCUCCCUGCACCUCCCCUCCUCCGCAUCCUCCACAACCUCCUCCACGUCCUUCACUGCAGAACACUCCCUCCACCACCAGCACCUCCAACACCACCAACCCCGACACCACGGCCCCUCAGCUCCUGCACCUCUUCCACAGCACCCCCCCACGCAGACAUCACGGCCCCCAAGCUCGGGCCUCUCUUCCUGGGGACACUCAGGUAACCCACUGGCCCUCCACCUCCACCUGAACCUCCACCAGCAUCAACAAACCCACCACAGUCAUCACAGUAUGGUAUCACUCUCUCAUCUCAUCACAGAGAGUGUUUGCAGUAUAGUGUAAAAAUGCUCUUAAAGGGAUAUUCCGGCAUAAAAUUAAUUUAGGGUCAAACACACCAUAACACCAAGUUAGACAUCCUGUCGAGAUAUGAAUGUUGUCGACUGCUUGCUUCUCUAGUUAUACCAACUUUAGUAACGACCGCAUGAUAGCAAUACACAGCAGUCUGAGGAGCCAUAAAUGAAUCUCAACCAAAAAUCCACUCUAUAGCCACAAAAAAUGCUCAGAACAGCACCUAACUUCAUCAGCAGUACAUAUUGGGUCCCAGCCAUAGCACUAGCCAUCAAACAUCUUUUUAGCUGUGCCUCAUUUCUUUAGCAAAGAGACCAAACACAACUCACCUACUCUCUUCCAGCAGCCGCUUGUUUGCAGUGAGAUCUCAGGCCAGUCCGUUACAGACUACGGUGGGGUGACACAGCUCAAGGAAGAACAUUUAUGAUCAUUACUUUAUCAUUUCCUUGAAAUAAUAAUCACCAUAUUAAUCAUUUUCCACUGCAGACGCGGUAGUUCUUCUGCCUUAGCGUCUCAGUCUGAUUGCAUUUCCAUGAAGACAUGAUCAUAAAUGUUCUUCCUUGAGCUGUGUCACCCCCUAGCAGUCCGUAAUGGACUGGCCUGAGGUCUCCCUACAGACAAGUGGCUGCUGGAAGAGAGUAGGUGAGUUGUGUUUAGUCUCUUUGCUAAAAAAAUUAGGCAAAGCUAAAAAGAUGUUUGAUGUCUAGUACUAUGGCUAGGACCCUAUAUGUACUGUUGAUGAAGUUAGGUGCUGUUCUGAGCGUUAUUUGUGGCUAUAGAGUGGCUAUAGCUAUCUGCGGUCGUUACUAAAGUUGGUAUAACUAGAGAAGCAAGCGGUCGGCAAAAUUUAUCUUCCGGCGCGGUGUCUAAACUUGGUGUUACGGUGUUUUUAAUCCUAAAUUAAUUUAAUGCCGGAAUAUCCCUUUAACAUGGGCCAAGCUUACUGGUACACUCUGUGGGUAACAGAGUAAUUCACAAGUAACUCAUACAGCCUCAGUUUGAAAAAGGCAGAUAUCCCUUUAAUAAGUCCCCUCAACUGAGGAGUGGGCGUAUCUUAUUAUCUGUUUCUGCAAAUUCAGACUUGCUUGUGCCACCAGCAUGAGGAAUAAAUACAGGUUUUAUAAAGUGAUUCAUUGGCUAUCAACACCUCAACUCUCUAUCCUCAGUCUAAGAUCCAAACUAAUCUUUGAGUCACAAACAUAGUUUCCCUGCAGCCAAUCACAAACAGCUAAACAUUAACCUGACAGGAAGCUUUACUCUGUAAACUGACCAAGAAGAGAGAUGAUUGGCUGGAAGCUCUCAGUUGUUUGAUACAAAACUCUCCUUAGUUCCAAUGUUUUCUUUGUGUUUUUGUUUUUAAUCAUAAACAUUUUGCUCCUCCUCUUCUUCCUCCUCUUCUUCCUCAGGACCUGGAUCAGGAGUCCAGCAGCAGUUUCUGGCUGUGUCUGACAGGCAUCAGGCUCUCUCAGGUCAAAGCCUCCACAGUGUCGCGUUAA